AUGUCUUUGCAAUCCGAUUUCCCAUUACCAAUCACCCCGACCGAAGAAGCCUCCCUAUCAGAUGAAGGACCGGAAGGGGAGGCAGACUUUUGGGGAUUCGACGGAGGAAACCCGAGCCUUCUGUCAAUGGCACUAUGGGACUCUUCACGGAUAGCCAAAAUGUCUGAGACUGAGGAGAAAAUCAAUGGCGAUAAAGCGAGCUGUUCGCUACCGGUAUCUGUAACCAAGCCUACCCGAAUUCUAUCAUUGCAGAGGGGGUUGGUCGAUGAUAAGUUCGGCUAUGAAACUGAGAUCUUUGACCGCCGCUGUCGUGAAGCCAAUAUCCACAGGUCGUCGAAUCUGGACUCAAGGCCUGAGAUGAACAAUUGCCCCGGAGGCCCACCUCAGCGUUUCCCCAAAAGCCGGUUUUCGCUUUACCACAAAGCGCAUCAUAAACGAUCGAACUCGACUGCCACGCAGAAAAGAAGCUUCGCAUAUGAUAUCGCAAAUAUUCGCGAAUAUGGAACUAGUAAAUAA